ACGCAGUAUGGGAACUACUUCCAUUACUCCUACCAGGCCACAGAGGAAGACGGCCGCCAUGAUAACAGACUAGUAGGUGUUCGCGUUUCGCCUGGGAUUUUCCAUAUUUCCUGAGACCGAAACUGCCUGUGAUCCUACCAGUCUUCAUUAUAAAGAAACAGGAAACUUCAUGAUGUAACAGUCGUCAAGGUAAAAGAAACUGAACUAUUAACAUUAUUGGGAUAAAACCCGGAAGUGCUUGCGCUGGUCAGGCUCUUUUUCGAAGCCGAAUUUCCACCGAAUUCGAUGUCAGUAAACUAGUCAUACUUGAAUGACAGUGUCAACGUUAAGCUGGUAUCUUAAGGGCAAGUACACAAGUACAUCAACAGAGAUGGUGGAUUAAUUACGGCUCUCUUCAAACCAUCUUGCCGGAGUCUGGAAUCCACGUAAAAUUUGACAGCCAAAUAUCCUGUUAAUUCAGUGCAACAGGCGGCGUGAGGGUGCUUAUGAUGUGGACUUUGCCAUGGUCAAGCUAAUGAGUAAUCGCUUUAAGUAUUUCAGUCUUCCAAUUAUUAAUCUAUAUGACAUAGCAGUAUACGGGCAGUCUGCUAUGAAGCAACAGACAUGUCGGCAGCUCGGCUCUUGACCUAUCAGAUAUAAAUUGUUGGCUGUUGAAAAUAGAAGCUCCUGGCUUUAUAGAAGCUAGCUGCACCUGGCAGAGAGAGAAAGAGUGAAAGAGCAGUGUACAAUAUGAGCAAAGGUAAGCACAGCAUUCCAAAUGGGAAAGCCACAGAGAAUGAACUUAUUGAAGCACAGAAGAAGGAGGAAAGUUCCAGCAGUACGCCUAAGAAAAGUAGAUUUAGUUUUGCAUCAAAGCGAUCACGAUCGCCACGCAAUACGGCCAAGUCUUCUUCAGUGGAACACUUGGCGGAUGGAAGAAGCAGCCCAAAAAAUGUUCAGAAAACUAAACCAAGUAAACCGACUUUUUGGAAGUCCAUGGGAGGUCGCCUGACAUCUCAUCACGGGCAAUACAAAGUGAGCGCAGAUAAAGGUGGAAAUGAUCAUGGGGAUAAGGGGGUUUGUCAGCAUUACAAGUCUUCCUCCCCGACUAUUUCCAAAGACAAACCUACUGUGAAAACAAAAGGAGGCAAAAUGGCAGAAGACCCCAAUAAAGUUGUCUUGGGUAGUGGGAGCAGUAGUAAACAAAGUGUUACCGAGCGAAAGAAGGAGGAAAGUCUCCGCUCUAUGGUAACUGAAGUGAUAGACUCUGAGGAAGGAAAGUCCAAGGGAGCUGGCAGUGAUACAGUUUCCAGUAGAACCAGGCACAGCAGUGAGCCAGCUCUACUGGGCGUGAAUGGAGAUAGUGGUAAACAUGAGACUUUGAAACCAUCAGUUGUGCCCGAUACCAAAGUAAGCACUCCUGAUGAUAAAAGUAAACUUGAAGCAAGGACUAAAGGCACAAAUGCUAAUAAUGCCAAGCCUGCUUUGAGAGUAGCUAAUCAGACGGCAAGUAGUGCCGUUGCGAGUAAAGGAAAACGUGUGACGAUACAUGAAGAAACGACUGAAAUAAAUAUCAAUGAUGAAGCUAUAAGUGCAAUUAAUAAGGAAUUGAAGGAACCAAUUCCAGAUGACAGUAUUACGAUAAAGGCAAGCGUCAGCCAAAAAGAAACUGUUAGUGCUUCUGCCAGUGAAACCAGUUUACAAGGGAACUUGCAGACGCACCUGUCCGAGCUCAUCCAGAAAGAAGGCAGUGAAAAGACAGAAAAAGAGGAAGAAGGCGAACAAGCAGUGGGGACGUCACCGACUGGCCGAUUUCUUAAAUUUGACAUAGAGAUUGGCCGUGGGUCGUUCAAGACUGUGUUCAAGGGGUUGGAUACAGAGACUGGAGUAGCUGUUGCUUGGUGUGAGCUCCAGGACAAAAAAUGGAGCAAAACAGAACGUCAGCGGUUCAAAGAAGAAGCCGAGAUGUUGAAGGGGCUACAGCAUCCGAACAUCGUGCGGUUCUACGACUCCUGGGAGUUGGUGUCACCAAGAGGUCAAAAGGUCAUUGUCAUGGUAACAGAGCUGAUGACAUCAGGAACAUUGAAGACGUAUCUGAAGAGAUUCAAGAAGGUCAACAUCAAGGUCCUCAAGAACUGGUGUCGGCAGAUCCUGAAGGGACUCUACUUCCUGCACAGUCGCAAUCCUCCUGUGAUCCACCGAGACUUGAAAUGUGAUAACAUCUUCAUCACCGGUACCACCGGCAGCGUGAAGAUCGGUGAUCUGGGUCUGGCAACCCUGAAGAACAAGUCUUUUGCUAAAAGUGUGAUAGGUACGCCAGAGUUUAUGGCGCCAGAAAUGUAUGAGGAGCACUAUGACGAGUUAGUGGACGUGUACGCAGUUGGCAUGUGUAUGCUUGAGAUGGCAACGUCAGAGUAUCCAUAUUCGGAAUGUACAAAUGCAGCUCAGAUAUAUCGAAGGGUUACAACUGGCGUGAGACCAGAGAGCUUGGAAAAAGUGGAGAACCCUGAAGUGAAGGAGAUAAUCCUGGCAUGCACCAAGCUGGACAAAACAGAAAGGCCCUCAGUGAAGGAGCUCCUCCAGCAGAAUUUCUUCCAGGAAGACACAGGGGUGAAGGUGGAGUUGGUAGGCAGGGAGGGGCUGGACGAGGCCAAACUGCCCUGUAUUAUACAGCUCAUGCUGCGCGUGAUGGACCCCAAGAAACGCAAGGACAAGCACAAGGAGAAUGAAGCCAUCCAGUUUGACUUUGACAUGCUGAAGGAUAAUGCUGAGGCUGUCACGGCCGAGAUGGUGAAGUCCGGCUAUCUCCAAGAGGUGGACGUGAAGAGCGUUGCCAAGCAGAUCCUGGACAGGGUGAACCAGGUGAAGAAGAGCAGAGAGAGGAAAGCCCUGGAAUCAGCACAGCAGAAACCUGUAGAAGGUGCUGAGCAGGGUCAUGUUGAAGGUCAAGGUCAGGGUCAAGUUCAAGGUCAACAACAGCCUGUCUCCUAUGGACAACAGCAGGUGUAUACACAACCUCAGACUGCGCCACUUCAGCAACAGCAACAGCCUCCACAACCACAACAACUACAACAACAACAACAACAACAGCCACCGCAGCCCCAACAACAGCCACAGUACCAGGGACAGCAACUAUUACACACUCAGAUGAGCCAGCUUCCCCAGGGGUCCAUGUCAGAUAUAGCAGGUGCAGUGGAGAGUGGGUUUUCUGCAAUGGAGCCUGGUCAGCACAGUCUUCCCAGUGGCCAGACGGUUCAAGGUGGGCCUCCCGCCCAGCAGACCAUCUCUGCUCCAGCCCAGCCUGCUCCCACCUAUGCUCAGCAGGUGGCAGCACAACUGCCAGGACAGUACCAACAGCAGGUGCCAGCGUUUGGCUACUUUCUUCCACAGGGAACAAACCAGACGCAGUACACAAACGCUCAGACUCAGCAGCAGCCGCCGUUACAACAACAACAACAGCAAUUGCAGCCUCAGCAGCAGCAGUUGCAGCAGAAUCAGCAGCAGCAAUAUGUACAACCAAGCUUUGUGCAGCAGCAACAGCCACAGCAACAACAACAGCAGCAACUGCCUUCUGUUCAAGUUCACUGUGGCUCUUGUGGUUCUUGGCAACAUGUGUUUCAGGGCCAGGGUGGACAGGAUCCUCACCAUGUGGCUGCAGAUCAUGCUUCACUGGUAGCCCAACAACAACUGCAACAGCAACAACAGCAACAGCAGCCUACCCAGCCGCAACAAGUCCAGCAGACUGGACCCCAUCAUGCGGCGACUGAGGGUCGACUGCAUGUAGAUAUGGCAGCAGCACAGCAGUUUCAACAACAACAACAGCAACAUUUACAACAACAACAACUGCCACAACAACAACAAGAAACACAGCCAGAGGUUGAGGGUUCUGAACAGGUUCUACAGCAUCAUCUUCUGAACCUUGACGGAGAAUCCACGUCAACUCCUGUACAAAGAAUGCAUGUUGGCAAUGAGCAACAGCAACGACGUCCCUCUCUAGUCAGUGAUAUCGAAGGUGGUCAAGCAGGGGAGAAGUCCGUGAAGAAGAAGUCAAGGACGAAGCGUAGGAAGACGCAGGAUCGGCUGGUGCGGGUGACCAUCCUGAACAUCGAGGAGCAGGAGGAAGGCAACCUGGUGGAAUGUCUGCUGGAAGUGGCCAAGGAGAAGCAGGUCACCUUUAAGUUUGAUAUCAGUGAGGAUGGACCUGGGGACAUUGCUGAGAACUUGAUGAUCCGCCAGCUGCUCCAGGCCCAGCACAAGGAGUUGUUUCAGGACCAGAUGGGGGAGGUGAUAGCCCUGGUCAAGGCCAAUCCCAAACUGCUGGAGCUGGGUGGUCAUGUCUGUGUCCCCCAUACCACGGAUAACACUCCUGUGACCAGCCCCAGGAGCUCUAGGAAACAGAUGGCACCCCAGGAACAACAGGCAUUGCAGAGAGAGGGAGAGUCCAAUAGAAAACUUCUGUUUGACAACAUGUCAGAGACUCCCAUGCAGCCAGGGACAUCAGUGGACUAUGAUGAGCCGCGUUUCUUUCUUCCCAGAACACCCUCUGGCUCUUCCUUGGCCUCUGGUGCCAACACUCCUGCUCUGAAUGUUACAGGGAAGGGGAAUGGGCCUUCAGGUGGAGUAGUGGCAGGUGGAACCACGGUUUUUGCAGGCACCAAAUCUGUUGCUGCUAGUGCUCCUGUACUCGUUGGCACUGGUCAGCAGGCCACAGCAGUCAGUGGUUUGACCACUGGUGACCAGGCCAGCUCAACAGCGAGUGUUCCUGCUGCGAUGGUAAGUACUGGUCAGCCAGCAGGUGGAGCCACUGCCGUCCAGGCUGGCGGUGGUAAGGUACAAACUGGAGGGCAACCAAUGGCGGCAGCAAUGACGACAUCCACAGAGGACGGGAUUCCCAAGAGCGAGGAUCCUCUCACAAAGAGUUGGCCUACUGAUCAGUUACAAGAGGCUACCAGACAAACGUACAGUAGAAUGGUAUCAGCCCCUGGAGAGGACUUGACUGCCGCUGCUCAGCCGACUGCCUCUGUCCCCCUGCAUCUGAAUGAUCUCAAGGAACAGUUAGACAAGCUGAAUCAGAAACAAAAGCCAGUGCCAGCAGAACAGCAGGGAGAGAGCCAAGCCAAAGUGGACAGUGAUGCCUCCCUGGCCGCAGUAUCUGAGGACAAGAUCACAGCAAGCAGUGACAGUGAGAGUCCAGCCCUCACGGGGGACAAAGGCCCCAGUCGCCAGCUGUCCAAAACCAAGCGGAAGAGGACACAGGACCGACUGCCAGUGUUGACCGUCCUCACGUAUCAGUCCACUGACCAGGGACGGGUGGUGGAGUGUCAGCUGGACGGGGCAAAGUCCAGGAUGGUCACUUUCACUUUCGAUAUCGACGUGGACAAGCCUGAAGAUAUUGUUGAGAAUAUGUGUUCAGGCAGCUUUCUCUUGCCUAUUCACAAAGACUACUUUAUGGAGCAGCUGGAGGAAGUGAUCAAGAUCAUGACCACCAACCCGCAGGCCCUGGAUGCCGGCUCCUUCACCGUGCCUCAGCUUAAAGAGACCACGCCUGCCACCAGUCCCAGCCUCUCCAGGAAGGGGUCUGCUGCCGCUGACAGUGAAGUGGAGGCUAGAAAGAAAUCAGAUACAUCGGAGGUCCACAGAGCAGCCCCUUGCUCAGCAACUGAACCAGUUACCGUGCCAACAGAUUAUGAAGCCUCUGGGGUGAUGACCCGAUCUGCUACUGCCAUUGGGUUGUCCCAGGCCGACACCGUGCAGGCCCCCCCUGCUGGUGGGAGGGAAGACCCAGAGACAGGGACUGGGUUCCAGAGAACCUCCUCUGCUCCUGGGGAGCCUGCCGCCUUCGUGCCCGAGGGUUUGCACAAGCUGAACCAGCAGCUGACCCAGCUUUCACAGAGGAAGACUCCUGCUAAGGUGCAAGAGCAACAACCAGAAGGUCAAGGUCAGGCAGCAGGCCAGGGUCAAGGUCAGAUAGAAGGUCAAGGUCAAGCAGCACAGACUCAGCAACCAGGCAUGGCAAUGGUACAGAAUGCGCAGUAUGUUCAACAGCAGCCGGCUUUGGUUCAACAACAACAGACACAGCAACAACAACAACAACUACAACAGCAGCAACAGCAGCAACAACAGCAACAGACAGCUCCAAAGCAAGUGCAACAUCCACCGCAAGGUCAGCCACAACAGCCUGUACAAACACAACAGGCCCAGCAAGCCAAGCAGCCAGCACCAGCUCAACAACCAAAGGUGGCAGCACCAACACAAACAGCCCCAGGAGGAGCUCAUCCCCAGUUUCUCCCCCCCUACGUGUACCCUCUGGCGCCCCAGCAGCAGCAGCAGUGGCUGCAGUACCAGCAGAUGAUGAACCAACAGGGGUAUCCUAUGCAGCAGUACUAUGGCCCACCUUUCUACCCACCUUGGUAUCCACCUCUACAGGGCCAACCUCAACAAUACUUGUACCAGAAUGCAUAUGUUGCCAAUUAUCUUCAGCAGAUGAUGCCAUUCAUGCAGAUGCAGGGACAGAUGCCUCAGCAACAGCAGAUGGCAGCCCUGCCAUACCAGCAACAAAUGGGUCAAGGUCAGGUGCAAGGUCAAGGUUCACACCCUCAGUCUCCUGUAGGAACCCCAAGGAAGAACACCGGUGGUGCGGAUGAAGGUGUCAUCACCACUCAACCCCAGGGACUUGAUUCUGCAGUGGUGGAUCUGCUCCCCUUGACUCCCUCCAGACAGCGCAGGAUGAUAGGCCUACAGCAGCUGGAGCAACAGUUGAUAGAGAAACUCUACCCUGGAACCAAAGUGGCCCAUGGGUUCCAGACCUCCCCUCCACCAGCAGGAGCUGUGAAUGCGCCACCAGGGCACUUGCUCCUCACACAGCCGUUGUUCCCUCCCCCGCUGCUGCCUGGGUCGCUGGAAGCCUCUGCGGGUGCUGUUGUGCCCUCUGCCACCUCCUCUGGUGCUGGUGUUGGAGGAGAAAUGGGAGCACUUCCUCUUCCUUUGUCUUCAAUAACCAGAGAGAAGAGUCCGGAUGUUUCUGGUCAGGAUGACAAACCAGCAGAUGGUUCCUUGCCAGGGGAAGUGCCCACAACAGUUCCCAGCAGUAAACAAGCAGAGACAGAGCAACCUGCGUCCACAGAGGCUCCUACAACAGAGGCACCAGUUCCUGCAGCAAGAGAGAAAGUUGCUGCUCCUCCAAAGAGGAAGCUGUCUAGGUUUUCAGUGAAGAAGGUGGACAACGAUCCACUGAAGGCAAUACAGAGAACAGAAAGUGAGCCAGCAAUGCCAGCCCGUCCCAUGGAUAGUCCAGCGGAUGCCAAGCCAGCGACUGAGACAGUGCCCUCUACUGGUGGGAAAGGUCAUCAACAAAGUACACAGCAAGCCCGGAGAAAGGGGCGUUUCAGUGUGACGACAACCAAGGACGCUGUAGCCCAGUCUGCGGCCCCUUCACAUACUCCACCGCCGUCUCCCAGUCCAGUGACAGAGACACUGCCCACUACCACCACUAAAUCUAUAGACAGUUCUGCUUCUACUACCACUGUUAUUACUACUAAACCUGCUGAAGGGGCAUUGGUAGAUAAUAGUAACACAGCAACUUCUGAUGUAGAACUGAGUGUGAAGACAGAUGUUGGUGAUAAACCCCCACCACCAACAACAACAGCAACAACAGCCCCAGCAGCUGGUGGUGGAUUGAGAGAUGUAAGUAGCACAGAGCACCUGCAGACUGUUAGUAACACUGUCACCAGUAUAGGGCAGGAGAGUGGUUUGGGAAGUAGCGGGGCCUCCUCUCCCGUGGGAGACUUUCUUGAACACGAACAUGAACAUGACAGGCAUUAUGACACCUUGCCGCCAGUGGUGGCAAACUUGAUCGCUGCCGACCUACGGCGCCAUUCUCUGCCCGAGGUGCUCUCUAACAGCAUGUCUUCUUUACCUGGUAGUGGUAGCACUGUUUUAAGUUCCACUAGUUCUAGUAGUCAUCACAUCUCCCCUCACAGACCUCCUCUCCAUCCUAAAGUCAGCCACCUCCGAGCUCAGAGUGCUGGCAAUGUGGCUUUCCCCCUGAAACCUUCACAACAACAACAGCAACAAAUACAACAAUUCCUACAACAACAGCAAUUACAGCAGCAGCAGGGUCCUGUAACCUCCUCUGUGAGUGGCUUUGGUGUUGUGCCCGGUGGUGUGAAGCAUGCUUAUGUUCUGAGUGACGGUCAGUACCAGAGUGACCACCCUGACCCGACCACAGCUGGACUGAAGAAGACUCCCGUAACAGCUGACCCUGGCUUGAAGGUACCAACUGUUCUGUUGAGCACUACUAGUGACACUUGUUCCACUGCUACCAUUGUUGUAUCACCUCAUUGUAACAUUGCUGCUGCUGCUGCUACUACUAGUGUCAUUAACCCUGAUCACCAAAUUCAGAUCCAUGAAGCCACCUCGCCUGAGGAACUAGCCAAAGGGUUGCACGUGGAUGAUGCUCUUAUUAAUACAUUGUCACCCCAGCUUAACUACAUAUUUCAUCAUGACCAUGACCAUGCUAACCAACCUAACCAGCUACUAACUGUCAGUGAACCGUCGGGGCGCAGACGCUCUUUGUCUGUUAACUGCUGCAUGGAGACAUGCAGUCCACCCUCUCCACCUACACUAACACGCAGGGAGUACGCCGGGUCUUCCCCUUCACUUUACGAUGAAACAGACUCUUAUCCUUCAUUUAUAAACUACAAAACCAGGUCCACGCCCCAGUCCCCGACACCAACCCGUUACGGACAUAGCUCUUUCCAGUUUCCACCAAACUUGCCCUUGGAAUAUGACCAGACUGCCUCUAAAUUAUACCCUCAGCGAUCCCCAAGUCCGAAUCCUCGGCUGAGUCCCAAACCAUCCUCCGCCUUCACUCAUAACUGGCCUAAACUCGGAAACCCUCCCAGUCGCCCCCAAGAUUUCAGUGAACAGCAGUCAGUGUAUAGGCCUCGGAGAGGGUCUGUCCCAGAGCCGAGUAGUCCUUUAGUCCACAGGGACCACAGUCGUCCCUCUGACUGCAGGGACACCUUUCACUCCAUUCCUGUGGACUCCAGAGAUGGCCGUAGUCAUUAUGACUAUGGGUUCACUUCCUCCUCCUCCUCUUCUUCCUGGCAGGACUACUCCACUACCAAGCCUUUCCUUGAGGUAGUGCCUGGCUUACAAGGGUUUGGGAAUGCUGCCUCUAACUUUGUUGAAUUUGGCCAUGAUGUGGUCCCAGAAAACCCUGGACAGAUCAUGAAUAUGUUGUACCAAGUCCAGUAUACCAUGGACCCUGAAUAUCAGCAGAUACUCUCCAGACACAAAUCAGAGAGGGAUGACCUGAUACAGAAACAGACAGGAGAACUGCACGAGUACCACAAACACAAGAUGCAGCUUUUCAAGCUCCAACAUCACCAACAGCAGCAGCAGCUUCUCCAUCAACAACAACAACAACAGCAUCAGGUGGGAGGGGGUGGCAGGACAUCAGACACCCAACAACAACAACAAGCACCUGCUGGUACAGUGCCCCAGGCUGCAGAGGGGGCGGAAGUGGAGAGAAGGUCAAUAGAUAUGCCAGACACCAAAACAGGGGCUUUGUCCCAGCAACAACAACAACAACAACAACAACAACAGGCUCAACACUUCGGUGUUCCUGCAGCCAGUCUUUCCUACCCCCAGCUCUACCAUCCAGCAAUGUUCGUCCCACAGCAAGCUUCACUUCACCACCAGAUGGAGACACUGAUGGAGGGCAAAACCCAGAACGUCGCAGAUGACUUUCUGCAUUAUACAGACUUUUCCCGAGCUGGCCAACAGCAGCAGCUGAUGAUGGAGCAGCCCAAGCCGUCUCAGAACCAGCUGAAGCAGAUGCAGCAGCAGUUUGACAACAUGCACGUUGGGGUGCCCGUGAAGAGGACUCAGAGUCUGAAGGGAGAGACCUGUACCCAGGGUCAGCAGGUGCUUGAUAUUAGCCACCCUCACUCCCACCACAGUGGGUCAGCGGGCACCACACCCCAGUCCACUCCCCCUCUGACCAGGAAGUGGUCCACGGAAAGCUUGCCGCAGAUGACCACAGCUAGUACCCACCAGCCAGGUGUGGACAGCAACAGUAACAACAGCAUGCCCCCUACUGGUACCAGUAUGAACUAUUCCAAUGUUUCCCUCCCUGAGCAGCAGUAUUACACAUACCACGGACAUGGAUCCAUUAGUGGGCAUUAUAUGGGUGCGGGUGGGGGUCAGGGGAUGCCACAGCACCCACCUCCACACCCACAUGGCAUGCACCCAGUUCACCAUGGACAGCAGAUGUAUGGGGCUGGGGUCCCCAUGUACAGCCAGCCACUACAACACUAUGUGCAUGGACAAGGUCAAAUUGCACCCCAAGGUCAAAUACAUGGGCAAGGUCAAAUUGCAGCCCAAGGUCAUUUGCAUGGCCAAGGUCAAAUUGCACCCCAAGGUCAAAUGCAUGGACAAGGUCAAAUUCCCAGUCAGGGUCAGAUGCAUGGGCAAGGUCAAAUUGCAGCCCAAGGUCAAAUGCAGGUGCAAGGUCAGAUGCAUGGCCAAGGUCAUAUUCCUGGUCAGGGUCAAAUGCAUGGCCAAGGUCAAAUGCUGGGUCAAGGUCAAAUGUCAGAUGUAUGGCCAACCAGUCAAGUGACUACUUAUCCUGCUCAUACGAUACAGGCACCAUCAGCAUCGCACCCAAGUUGAUCCUUUCUUAGAAAUGAGAUGUAUAUAUAUAUGAAUGAUUAUCAUUACUAUGUAAUCAACAUCAUCAUGGAAGUGAAAAGCUUCAUGCUUCGCAAAGUGCAUGUCGUGUGCAUGACUUGAAUUGCCAAAUGUCUUUCAAUGCACUGUAUAUGCCUUACCAGUACAUGUAACUGCUUUUGUAUCAAAAGGACAGUUCUUGUUUAUGACGUUUGAUUGUAAAAAGAUUGAAGAAAAAAAAAAGCAUUAUAGUGUGAUGCAGACAAGGUGCUGAGAACAUAGAGAGAGCUGUAGUAGUUCGGAGAGCACAGUGGAGCCAGGUUUAUCCCAGCACACUAAGCCAUGUGCAAUUAUCUAGUAGAGAGACGUAGGCCUAGAGCACAGUGAAGAUAGGGAUAACUGUAGUUUUCUCAACUGAACUGAGACUAGAAUUUUAGGUGGAAUAGAUGGAAAAUGUUUGAUAUAUUUGGUAAAAGUGUGCAUUGAAGAAAGCAGAUGUGAGUUCUGGAACCUGCCUCAAUAUGCUCUUCUAAUGUUCUGCACUGAUUGGAUCCUGAAAACUCUCCUCCAAGGUGGCUUCAAAACUGCAGCAGUACUAGUGGUAUUACUGCCAUAUUUUCACAUCUAGAAAACUGCACCCGAACUUGAAGAUUUAGCGGGGAGAUUUCCUACUCCUGAGACAAUACUGUAGCUGAUUGGAAUAGGCAAAGUUGCUAGUUUUAUCAUCCAUAUACUAUAUGUCAGAAUAUAAGCUUGAGCAGUGUAAUAGCUAUGACUCCAUAAUGCCAUUUUUCUGCCAUGUAUCUGCCAUGUAUUAUGACAUUGCUUAUAAUAUUUAAGGAUACUGUUAACUACACUUUCAAAUAGUACUGUGGAUAUUAAGCUUUUUGUAACACAGUUGUUAUAUUAGACUUCAUAAAUAUUUAACCUUCCUACUACAAUUUGCAGUGUUGACAACAAGUUACAGUCAGACUUAAAAAACUGUAUUGAUGCUUGUGCUGAACUAUAUCCCCUUGAAUACGUACAGUGUAGCCAAGUUAUUUAAGCAUUACACAGUUUUCUUUCUGGAUUGAGAUGUAGAGCUACAGUGAUACACAUGCUGUGUUGUAGUGUACACAUCAGAGUGUUUACAAUAUUGUAUACCAUUGUUUACCACCAUGUUACAAUACUGUUGCCUACUUGUACCCUUUUAUGCAUAUUUUGCAUAUUGUAUGGGGCAGAGCCAAGUAGGUCUUUUGGUCCUAGGUAAAAUCUUCUGACAUUUUACAAGCCCAUGCCUUUUUUGCCCUAGAUUCUAUUAAAUCUGGACCUAAAGGUUAUUUCAAGCAUAAAUUAGGUUUGUUUUCAUAUUUGAUUUUGUUGAUGAUAACUUAUUGCUAUGAAAAUUAGUUCUGUAUGUAUGACAAUGCUCUCUCCAGGAUAAACCAAGUUCACCCAGUGUACCUAUCUCCUCCAAAAUGUUACAUAAUUUACUUUCCUAUAUUUACCUUUGGUUCUCGACCUGAUUCUGAUUUGACAUCUGCCUUGUAGCAUUUUUGGCUGGAAGUACUGUUAUCCUGUAGUGAGCUUAGUAUGGUUGCUGAUUAUCAGAGGCUUCUGGCCUUUUGUCAAGUUUAUUCCUCGGCAUGGAGAUAUGAAGUCGUAAUUCCGUAAAUGGUAUUUAUGGCUGUAUUGAGCAAUUUCUUUCCUUAUUUAUUAUUUCCUUAUUUAUUUUAUUAAUUAAAAAAUUUAACUUGAGGCUUCUGAUAUAUUAUGGUUUUCUGAUAUUGUAAGGACAAUAUUUCAAAGGUGUUUUGUUUCUCAAGCCUGAAGAACAAAUAAUCAAUGGUAUUUUUACUUAAAGAACAGUGAAUGCAUCCAAGCACAGAUUACUUCUGAUGUGGGUUUCUUGUAACUUGGAUUUUCCUAUAUUUGACAGUGGCACGGCAGUGUAUAAAUUGUCACACAUACUCGCAGUAGUCGCUAGUAUAUCGAUAGCUUAUUGAUAAGACUCCCAAGUUGAGGCUGAGUCCCAACCUAAUUGUACCACGUCUAUAUCUGCUAGGGGCAACACAAUUGGCAUUUAAAUAUAUCUUUAUAGUUGGUUUCUCUGUAGUUACAUGAUUUUAGGUGAUGUCUGCAUAAAAUGCAUAAUCUUGGGAGUUAAAGAAAAGAGAUAUUGAGGAAAUACACUUAAUUGUGACGUAGCAGUGUAACAUUUUGUCUCUAGACUGGUAGAGUUUAUGAAGAAGAGGGGUCUUCUAGGGUAGAGUAGGCGGGCGCAGUUUGUACAUCUUUGUAUAAUGUUAUACAUUGCCUCAUUUUUGUACAGUCGAAUAUCAUGUGAUAAUUUUUUUUGUCAUUUUUCAUUUUGUAUAAUAUUCAUGAUUUCCAAUGCUGCUCACUUGGUGUGGCAAGCCAGCGUGUUGUAUGAAGAGAAUAUGGUGCAAACGGUAUGAAGAUGGGUUAUAUUGAUUGCUGAAUUUUCAUUAUUUAAGUAUUUGAAUUUAUUGAAAGGGAUUAACUAGUUCUAUGAUAUUGAUGUUAUAAGUUUGGUUUAAGCUGACGGCUUUUUGUACAGAAUUGCGAUCCUGUCGGUGAAGAAAAAUGUUAUUUAUCAAGA